GAAAAGAAUACCUUGUAUUGAAUGGAUUUCAGGGUAAUUAAUUGAAUCCUCCUCUUUAUUGAACCAAACAAAGCCUUUUGCUGAAGCUUCCCAAUUCACAUUUCUCCUCACAAUCCCCAUCAUUAGUGGCUGGUCUACUCACUCUUCAAUCCUCACUACCAGUCUCUCUCUUCUCCACCAUCAUCGCCGCCGCUAAUUUCGUUUCCUCCGUCGUUAACUCCGCCCCUUUUUUUUUCUCUAUCUUGCUACAUUCUCAAUUCAGUUUCCCUUGAAGAAAAUUAUAUGGGUUUUGCCAAUUAGAUGAUCAAAACUACUUUUCUGAGCCUUAAAUCGAAUUGGGUUUCAUGAUUUUUCGAUUGAGUGGAUGGUGAAUUGCGCGGGUUCUCCAUGAUACUCACAUUUGGAACUAGCUUCCACCAAUGUUCGAUGAAUGUGAUUCCGACGUCCACAAAGAUUUCAAACUUAAGGUUUUCGAUCAGAAUCCUUGUUGCUUCACUUCAGAAAGUGGCAUUAUCCCAUGGAAAUGGGGGUCAUUUUGGACUAUCUUUUGUACAAGUAAAGGAGCUCAGUAAAAUUGGUGGUUGCAAGAGAAUGGACUGGUCCAUUAAGAGCAGUGCAGAUGGCAAAGGAUUGGAUCCUCUCACUGGCAGUGGUGAUGGAAGAACUCGAUUACUUAAAACAAUUCAGAGUCUUCAGAUUAAAUUAAAUGCAAGAAUUCGAGAUUUCCGGAAAGAUCUUCCUAAAAAGUUUCUUUUUUUCUUGGUGGGUUUCUAUUGCGCAACUGCUUUUGCUACAGUAAUUGGGCAAACAGGUGAUUGGGACAUAAUGUCUGCUGCCGUGGCUGUUGCUGUGGUGGAGGGUAUUGGGGCUCUUAUGUACAAAGCUUCUGUACCUUUGCUUGACAGGAGCAGGAACCUUAUAGUUCUUUUUAAUUACUGGAAAGCUGGCCUUACAUUGGGUCUUUUCUUGGAUUCAUUCAAGUAUGAAAUAAGUUGGGAAUGCUUGUUCUUGUAUUUGCCAUGCUAGACUUCCUACAUGUUAAUUACUUUUGAGCCUUAUUUUCAGGUAUUAAGGUAUUACGUGUCAACUCUUUUUGAAGAUAGGAACUUGAAUUACUAUGAAAUGAAGCAGUUUAAGACGUAGCCAGAAUGUACAUUGGUGUUCACAAAAGGGUUUUUAUGGAGUUGUUCUAGAGAAGCUUUAUUCGGAAGAGAAAUGUAUGUCAUUUACUCAAUUGCUACUUAUGAAGAAUAUAGUGGGUUCACAUACAAUUAUACAGCACCUUUUUUUUUCCUUCAUCGAGGCUUGUAAUAUACUGUUGCAAGAUGCUAAGCUUAGCAUGAAAUGCUGAAACAAAGGUUGCUAACAGGCAUGUAUAGAAAGGGCAAAAUCAUGUUGCAAAUUAUUUGCCAUGCCUUCUGAUUGUUAGGUGAUGACUAGGAUGUUUAUAUGCUUGUUUCUUUUUUUGUGUAAAAAUGAAUUCAAAUUUCUAGGUAUCUUAGAAUAUUUAAAAUAUACACUGUAAAUUUAUUUAUACAUAUUUGAAAUUCAAAGUUGCAAUUGAAAAUUUAACGCUCUAAAUUUCAAAGUUGUCUAU